UGUCUUGGCUUCAGCCUAACCCCGCGGGUACUGACUGCAUGCCCUCCGGUGGGGUCCGCUGUGCGGAGGGGCUUUUGGGGGCGGUAGAGUUGCUUCUCGCGGUUCCAGAAUCCUCCGCACUUGCGCGCCCUGCAGGGGAGACGAUGCCAAGACCCCGGAAGAGGCUGGCUGAGGCUGCUGGCCCAGAUCAGAGGCUAUCUGAAAAAUGUACCAGAACUGAAAACUCAGCUGAAGUGGGGAACUGCAGCCCUCAGAAAGCUCCACCCUCCACAGACCGUGAGAAGACGCCACACAGCCACUGGCUGAUGAAGUCAGAGCCAGAAAGCCGGCUAGAGAAAGGUGUGGAUGUGAAGUUUGGUAUUGAGGAUCUCAAAGCCCAACCCAAGCAGACAGCAUGCUGGGAUGGUGUUCGCAACUACCAGGCUCGGAACUUCCUUAGAUCCAUGAAGCUGGAAGAAGAAGCCUUCUUCUACCAUAGCAACUGCAAACAGCCAGGCAUCGCAGGCCUUAUGAAGAUUGUAAAGGAGGCUUACCCAGACCAUACCCAGUUUGAGAAAAACAGUCCCCACUAUGACCCAUCCAGCAAAGAAGACAACCCCAAAUGGUCCAUGGUGGAUGUACAGUUUGUCCGGAUGAUGAAGCGUUUCAUCCCUCUGGCUGAGCUCAAAACCCAUCACCAGGCUCACAAAGCCACGGGUGGCCCCUUAAAAAACAUGGCUCUCUUUACCCGCCAGAGACUGUCAGUUCAGCCCCUGACACAAGGUAAGAGUGGGCCAUUUCCCUAUAGUCCUCCCCCUGGAAUGACCCUGGGAAUCCCCACUUGCUGGCUGAUUCAGCCUGGGCACGGUGUUAACCUCUGUGAGUCAGUGUCCUCACCUGAAAAGCCACAGAGCAGGGAGUAUGUCCUGAGUUACCCAUGACUCUGAACCCAGUACUCAGCAGUGCUUGGCACUUGGUCACUCCAUGGUUUCUGAAUGAAUGGCAGUGUGCUUAAACCACGUGUGACAUACGUAGCAGUAUCUGACAACUUAACACCUAGUUCCUCCCUUCCUUUUUCCCCUUUUUGAUAGAAAAGUUUGAUUUUAUUUUGAGCCUGGAAGAAAAGGAACCAAGUUAACUGAGACAGUGCUGUGGGCAUGAGCAAGACAUUACUUCAAAGAAGUGAAGCUUUCCUAAGAUAAAGGAAGGUGUAAGAAGGGUUGCUUGUUACAUUCACAUGGUGUUUUGUACAAAGGUGGGUUUUGUGUACUUUUUUCAAUAAAACGUUGAUCUCAAA